UGUGUAUAUAGUAUCCCUCGUCAUAAAUCAACUUUUAAAUGUAGAACACAAAAUUGUCAUUUGUUUUUUGUUGUGAAUUGAUAAAAUUGGUGUAAUAAAAUGUUAGAACAAGUGAAACAAGUAAUACUAGUGCUAUCGGGCAAAGGUGGUGUCGGUAAAUCGACAGUUAGCACACAAUUAGCAUUAACACUUAAAGAAAAGGGAUUUAAGGUCGGCCUAUUAGACAUAGACUUAUGUGGGCCGAGUAUUCCAUAUAUUUUAAACCUGGAAGGCCAGAGUAUUCAUCAAGGACCAGAAGGAUGGAUACCUGUGUACCUAGACAAUGAACAGAGGCUUGGAGUCAUGUCUAUAGGUUUCCUAUUGAACUCCAGGAAUGAUGCAGUUGUGUGGCGAGGUCCCAAGAAGACAUCCAUGAUUAAACAGUUCCUCGAAGAUGUGUGCUGGCAAGACCUGGAUUUUCUUGUAAUUGAUACUCCACCAGGUACCUCAGACGAACACAUCACAGUAAUGGAAAAUCUGCGUCAAGUCCAACACAGUUCCGCAAUCCUCGUCACCACACCACAGGAGGUAGCCAUCGAGGAUGUGAGAAAGGAAAUCACAUUCUGCAGGAAGACUGGCAUACCCAUCAUGGGUAUUAUUGAAAAUAUGAGUGGCUACGAAUGUCCAACUUGCAGUUACUGCACAAACAUUUUCUCAAGUGGUGGAGGACAAUCACUAGCAGAGAUUGCAAAGAUUCCCUUUUUGGGGACAUUGCCCAUUGAUCCCCGAGUGGGGCAACUCGCUGGAAAGGGCUUUGCCGCAGUCACAGAACUACCAGAAUCUAGUACCAGUAAAGUCUUUAGCAAUCUGGUAGACCAGCUAGGUGGUCUGUUGCAUAAUGGAUCGUGAUUUAAAUGUAUAAAUUGUAAAAAUAUAUUAUAUUAGGGAUAAGAGUAAAAGUAUGUGUUAAUAAAAUUAUAUAA